ACAAGUAAAAUUAAUAAAAAAAACACAGCACCGCCCCAAAAAUCUUACAUCCUCGUAAACCCUCAAACCCCUUCUGUCUAUAUAUACACACAACCCAAACUACACACACAAAAUCAACAAAAACACACAAAUGGCUACAAAGAAAGGCAUGCAAACAGUGAAGGGCCUCGACUUAAAAAGAUACAUGGGCAGGUGGUACGAGAUUGCUUCAUUUCCAUCGAGAUUUCAGCCCAAGAACGGUGCAAAUACGAGGGCUACAUACACUCUAAGAGAUGACGGCAUUGUGAAUGUGUUGAAUGAGACGUGGAGUGAUGGUAAGAGAGGGUUUAUUGAAGGAAGUGCUUAUAAGGCUGAUCCCAACAGUGAUGAAGCUAAGCUUAAAGUCAAGUUCUGGGUUCCUCCUUUCUUGCCUAUCUUUCCUGUUGUGGGUGAUUAUUGGGUUCUUCAUAUUGAUGAGGACUAUCAGUAUGCUUUGAUUGGUCAGCCUUCAUUGAAAUAUCUCUGGAUAUUGUGCAGGCAGCCCCAUUUGGAUGAAGGGAUAUACAAUAUGCUAGUGGAGAAAGCUAAAGAAGAAGGGUAUGAUGUGAGCAAACUUCAUAAAACAGCUCACACUGAUCCUCCACCGGAGAGUCAAGUAGCUCCGGAUGAUACCAAAGGGAUUUGGUGGUUCAAGUCUCUUCUCGGUAAAUAGAAUGAGACUGCCAGAGGGGUUUGAUUGUCUUGAGCGUGAAGUUCAAAAUAAAAGCUACAGUUCUUCUAGCUGCCUGUCAGUUUCUCGUAAAUUUUGAAUAGCUUUGUUCGGUUUAAGUACUAAGGAUUUAUGUUCUAUACUUGUAACUUGUAAGGCUUGUUCUUGUCUGUUGUUUAUUUAAAACUUAAGUUUAUGUAUGUACAUUACUGAGUGAACUCAUGUUUGGUUUUUUCCAUGCCUGUCUGGCUUUGUCAAGUUAGCAGUGACAUGUUCAUUGCAAGGUACUAUGGAGGAUGUGGCUGUAUAAGUAUCUUGUGUUCUUGUUUA